AUGCAAACGCACCUCAAGGUUAGAAAACGUGCGAAAGUUGCUUGUACGCGUUGCAGUGCUCACAAGAUCAAAUGCUCGGGUGAGCGGCCAAUUUGUCGAUCUUGUUCAAUUUCGAAUAAUGACGCAUGCUUCUAUCCGACCAAAGCAAGGAAAAUAACUGUACUUGAUACAGAUAUUCAAAAAAUGCAAGAACGUAUCCAGGAAUUGGAAAAUGAAUGCAAGCAGCUGCGGCAAGCUGCAAGAUCUGACGGCAUUGAAUUUCUAGAGGGGACGAGCGUAGAGACCGUGGAUGGUCUCGAGAACGGCAUAGGUGGUCGAAAUAACUCUCCCGCCUCGAACGAUGGUAUUCAACAUUUGUUGUCGACCCACAAAGAACACUUAGGAUCAGUUGCACCGGGAAUUGGGCCAGAAAUGCCUGGCAACUCCUCGUGCCGCAUUUUUGUGGACGCACUGCAGUGGCAUCUAACCAAAAAUUACAUUACAUCAAACCGAUCGAACUAUACUACUGAACAAGACAAUAAAGACGAUUUAUUUACAAAAGGACAUCCGCUGAGACAUAUUUAUGUCGAUGACAAGGCUCUAGGAGAAGAACAGUCCGUACGAAUGUUCAUUUUACCUCAGAAAACGUAUGGACUAAAGUUAGUACACAAAGUUUUCAAGUUUUUUGCAAGAGAAUAUGGAAUUUUCUCUAUCACUGAGUUUGAAGCUCGGUUGGAAGACACUUACAAAGAUAUCCAGUCGCAAAAUGCCAAUUGGCUUGCUUAUCUUCUAAUUACAUUCGCCGUUGGAGAGCAGUAUCUGGGUAAAGUUGAAGGUCAUCAGAAGAUUCCUGGGAUGGAGUUUUUCUUGACCGCUUUGAAAUUCUUCCAUGAGCCAAUUGAAGAGCCAAAUCUAGAUACUGUUCGAACAUUGCUGCUAAUUGCAUUUUAUUCCCAGGGUCUCAACAGAAGGAACUCGGUAUUCGCAUACACUGGACUCGCUAUUUCUACAGCCAUUAUUCUGGGUAUCCACAGGCAAGCGGUAAAUUCUCGUUUACCCAAACCGGAACAAGAAGCAAGAAAGAAGCUCUGGUGGACAGCUUGUCUGAUGGAUAGCUUAUGGGCUUCGAGACUCGGAUUACCACCUCAUUUUAAUGUAAGUGACAUUGAUAUCGAACUUCCCGAUAGUAGUAUGUCAUCAGAAGAUGGAUUUGUUCCUAAAUAUUUAACCGCGAAUACUAGGCUCGCCUUAUGUGUUGGAACAGUCAUGAAAGAAGUUUAUGGCGUAUCGAGAGGUAAUGAUCUUUUACCGAAUAUAUUGAGCAGUCUUGAAUGUUUAGAUUCUUUCUUCACUGGACUUCCUCCUGACUUGAAGAUCGUGCCAGAAAAAAUAAAAGAAAACCGUUCAACUGCCAACCUACAUCUACGCUACAACCAAAUAAUAAUUGUUGCAACUCGUCCUUUAUAUCUUCUGUUGUUGAAAAAGUGCGAUGGAAACACGAUCGAGAUGGAGAAUGUUAGGAGGAGAUGCGUUAAUGCUGCAGUUUCAAAUAUCAAAAUUUUAAGCAACCUUUGGAAUUCAGGAUGGUUUUCUGCAUACGGAUUUUUAGAAGCUCAAUGUUGUUUUUCAGCACUUCUCAUCCUUGUUAUGGCGACGCUUGACGGCGGCUCUUUUCCAGAGCUUUCAAUUGCUGUUUCGCUGAAUACAUACAUGUGUGAAAAAGGCAAUAUUACAGCAAUGGAUAAUCAUUGCCGUUUGAAGGAACUAGAUGGGAUGUUACUCAGGGCAGAAAGAGAUCGAAAACAGAAAGUCCAAAGCGCACUGAAAAUACAGUCACUAGAAGCUGAAAUAGGAGAAGCACCCAAAGACAAACAUGCAACGACACCCGACGAUCGUUCGCAAUAUCUUUCUAAAGACAAAUCAGUGCAAUCCAGCGAGUCCGAUCAAGCGUCAUGCGCUUCAAAUCUUGCUUACUUAGUCGACCUUGAAAGCUCAGGAACGGGAUUUGAACAGUUUUCGCCGGAAACAUUAUACAAUCUAUCUGUAAAUUUUCAAAAUUGGGAUACCAAUACCGACUUCUUGUGA